UAAGUAAGCGAGGCGCGGCGAGAGGAGGGAGGGGGUAUAUCGAUCGAUGGUAGGGUCGUCGUCGGCGAAGCGGCUGGCGAGGGGGGCCAUGGCCAUCAAGAGGCCGCCGUGGGUGGCCGCGAUGGCGGUGGCCGCGGCGGCGGCGGCGCUGGUGCUGCUCGUGUGCGCUGCCUCGCUCCGAUGCUCGGCGGCCGUGGGGUCUGCGCUGGCGGCGCCCAAGAAGCUCCUGAGCGGCGGCGUCUCCAUCGUGGCGGCGGCGGCGGCGGGGACGACGCGGGGCGGCGGCGGCGGCGGCGGCGGGAGGGACGACGGCGAAUGCGACCUGUUCGACGGGGAGUGGGUGUGGGACGACGGCUACCCGCUCUACCACUCCAAGGACUGCCCCUUCAUGGACGCCGGCUUCCGGUGCUCGGAGAACGGCCGCCCCGACGACUCCUACACCAAGUGGCGGUGGCGGCCGUCGCGCUGCGAUCUCCCCAGAUUCAAUGCAAGAAAUAUGCUAGAGAAGCUAAGAAACAGAAGAGUAGUAUUUGUUGGGGAUUCGAUCGCAAGAAACCAAUGGGAAUCUCUGCUUUGCAUGCUCUCUACUGCUGUUCCUGACAAGGGCUCCAUCUUUGAAGUUAAUGGGAAUCCCAUCACAAAACACAUGGGUUUCUUGAUUUUCAAGUUUAGAGAGUACAAUUGCACCGUGGAGUAUUACAGGUCUCCUUUUAUAGUCCUUCAAGGUCGCGCACCAGCUGAAGCCCCUGCAGUUGUUAAGUAUACAAUUAGGGUAGAUGCCAUGGAUUGGAUGUCUGGCCAGGGUAAGUGGAGGGAUGCUGAUCUGUUGAUCUUCAACACUGGACACUGGUGGAACUAUGAGAAAACAAUCAGAAGUGGUGCCUAUUUCCAAGAAGGCAACAGGGUUAAAAUGAAGAUGACUGUAAGAGAUGCUUACGAAAGAUCCAUGCAGACAUUGUUUCAUUGGCUUCGCAAUGAAGUUAACACAAACAAGACCCAGAUCAUCUUCCGUACAUAUGCUCCUGUGCAUUUCAGAGGUGGUGACUGGAGGAGUGGAGGGACUUGUCACCUGGAAACUCUACCAGAUGUAACUCCAAUUAAAUCGAUGGAACUGUGGGCUGACCUGCUUGAACCCAUAAAUCAUGUCCUGGGCAACAGCAUCACAACAAAGCUUGUCGGGCUGGACAUACUGAAUGUAACGCAGAUGACAGCUCUGCGUAAAGACGGGCACCUCUCAGUGUACCUAAGUCCUUCAGGCCCUGCCUCUCAGCACAGGCAGGACUGCAGCCACUGGUGUUUGCCUGGAGUUCCUGAUGCAUGGAAUGAGCUCCUCUAUGCCCUCUUCUUGAAAAGACAAAUGGUGGCACACCACAAUGUUUCAGGUUUGGGAGCCAAAUCUCUGAACACUGGCUGAUGAAAGCCAAAGAACUGAAGAAGCAGUACUCUGGUUCAUGGUUAGGUUGCCUAGACAUUUUUGGAGCAUUAGUAGAGUUGGUUGGCAUGCAGGAAGCUGCGUUGCACCACUCUGCUGUGAUUUUCAUUCAAUUGCUGAGGUGAUAAUAGCUUGAUUACCCUGUAUUUGUGAUGGCGAUAUGUAUGUAUGUUUGUUACAGACUGGAUGCUGUAAAUAUAUACUGCUACAUAGCAGCUGCGAAAUGGGCAGCGUGUUUCAGCUGUAGAUAACUAUGAUUAGUGUGUGUAAUUAAAGGGCUUUGUUUGCUGACUGAGCAUAUGCCUUUUGAUUUCUGACUUGUCAACGCACAUGUGGAGACUGGCAAGUUUGUUUUUUGUCUGGUAGUACAAUCGUACCACGGCGUUGU